GCUCCUGGAAGUGGAUCCCCAUGGGCAAGGCUUCGUGUCCGUGCGAGGUGCUGUCGAGCUUCCAGCAGACACUUGUUCCCAUGUGUGAAGAUGUCCUUGGUGGACCUGGGGAAGAGGCUGCUCGAGGCAGCUCGCAAAGGCGAAGAUGACGAAGUGAGGAAGCUGAUGGCGAGCGGCGCUCCCUUCACCACCGACUGGCUCGGGACGUCCCCUCUGCACCUGGCUGCCCAGUACGGCCACUACUCAACAGCAGAGGUUCUCCUUCGAGCUGGGGUUAGCAGAGAUGCCCGAACAAAAGUGGACCGGACGCCGCUGCACGUGGCUGCGGCCGACGGGCACACGCAGAUCGUGGAGCUGCUCAUCAAGAACGGGGCUGAUGUGAACGCCAAAGACAUGCUGAAAAUGACUGCUUUGCACUGGGCCACGGAGCACGACCACCGCGACAUCGUCGAGCUGCUGCUCAGGCACGGAGCUGAUGUCCAUGCUUUCAGCAAGUUCGAUAAAUCGGCUUUUGAUAUUGCUUUGGACAAGAACAAUCCAGAGACUCUGGUGAUGCUGCAGGAAGCGAUGCAGAACCAGGUAAACCCUCACCCAGAGGGAACGACCCCCAUCGGCAGCACUGUGGCUCUCACCUCCCCGUUCCUUCUUACGCCAGGGGAGGUUCUUGAUCUCACUGAGCUCGUCUCUUCAGCAAGUGCCAAAGCAACCUCAGGUGAUCGCCAUGGCUCCACGGUGCAGUUUGCCAGCUCCACCACCUCCGUGCUCGCCACGCUCGCAGCCCUCGCGGAGGUGUCGGCACGUUCAGCUUUGCUGCACGUCCGGGUUGUUUCCCAGAUGCAGGCGUCCCGCGAGCCUCGAGCUGCAAGCUUGAGUUUGUGUUCAAGGAAGGGAGAAGGAAACCCUGACGUUCUUCCUCUUCUUUUCUGGCACUUAAUUCCUCAAGGUAAGGCAGAGGAGGCAGGGGAAGGAAAUCCUGUGGAUUCUGCCAUACAAGAAGUGGUUGGCAGCGGAGGGCAGCGCCUCAUCGCCAUUGUGUCAGAGAGCAUUUCCCUGGGCAGCCUGCAGACAGCCCUCCCCAGCAGUGGCCUCAGCCAGCCCUUCAUCCUGAGCGUGCAGGAUGGGCAGCAAGUGUUAACUGUACCUGCUGGCCAGGCUGCAGAAGAGACUGCUCUCGAAGACAGAGCUUGUGCAGAAGAGGAGGACCAGCCCGUGGCCAAGAAGCAGAAGGUGGAACAAAACGCCUGUGACUCGGGAGGAGACAAGGGCAGCCUUGAAGGGGAAGCGCUCCAGCAGCAGCUGCAAGAGGCGAAGCGGGAGGCUCAGGAAUACCGCAGCCAGCUCCUAAAGAAGGAGCAGGAGGCCGAGGAGUACAGGCUGAGGCUGGCAGCCAUGGGCAGGCAGCAGCCCAGCCCGGCGGAGCUCCCCCAGGCUGAGCCACUUGUGGUAACCUCGGAGGGCAUCGAGGAAUCCGUGUUGGCCAUGCUGGGAGCAGACCUGGCAACUGAUGGUGCUGUGGAAGCUGCAACCUCCUAA